CCCGCGGACAACGUCCUUCGAUAGAAUUCAGCGACCUCUCGGUAUCGUUAGAGAAUAAUAAACGCGCGUACCCAUUGUUCUCGACACGAUUCGCGAAGGCCUCGUACGUACGUUUUCCAAUAUCGUUCAGCUCGUCGCGCUCGUUUUCCUUGACACACCUCGGGAAGACGAGCCCACGCGUCCUCAUACACGCCAUUCCAAGGAUCGCCUCUGCGAAAUAAUCAGUGGAAGAAUAAAAUUCGCAAGGAGAAGGAGAGGAGAGAAAAUCGGGGAAGUUCGCCGGGGAAGAGAAAGCGGAGAGGAAAAUAAACUAAAAGAGAUCUAAAGAGAGAGAAAGAAAGGACAAUGGAGGACGAUGUGUGUCAGUGAAGAAGCCCUCGCAGCCAGCUGACAAUUAUAUCAAAGACGAGAGACGACGAGAAACAUUGGAGAAAAGAGGAGGAGGAGGAGGAGGAGGAAGGAGCGCGUUCUCUCCGUUCUCCAGGUGGCCAAGCGUGGUGCGUGUACACCGUUUGUUACACGGUUUGUCGUACACGUUGAGCAGAGCACGUGGCGGCAAGAGCGAGACGCAAAAUGGACCAAGUAUCCAGGAAGUGGGGACCUGGAUUAAAAGCGAACGAGGGCAACGUCUCGGCGACAGAGCCAUCUCGGACCUUGAACGUGGUGGAAGUGGACGGUACCGGCCCCGUUCACCACUCCUCGUCACGUUGCCUCGCUCCGUGGUCUCCUAUAACGGGUUCCUGGCUUGCCCUUCGUCCCACCCGAACUCCUACAUACCGGACUACGCUUGGCCGCGUUCUGCCAACAACAGAUCUGGAGAUCUUGCAAAAGUUGGAAAAUCUUUCGAGAUGCGGACCUCGGCGCUGAUCUGUCUUAUUCUCGUGGCAUCGAGGCUGAGGGAGUCGCGAUGCGGGCCGAGAUACCCUUCGAAGGCGGCCGAAUUGUUCAGGACGAAGGGGGAGGGCUUGAGGGGGGUGCGAGCGGAGGGGUCGAUCAUGGCAACCCCGAGCCCGCUGCGCCACGAGACGACGAGGGCCGACUCGGUGUUUCGGGACGGAGACGGGCCGAGGAGGAUAAGCAAGGAUGACUACACGACGACCGAGGAGGACGAGUCGAGGAACGGAUUCGAGGCGUCCACGUUCAAUCCGGACGUGUUGAACAAGUUUCUGGAGGAGUACGCGAGCAAGAUCAAGGGAAGCACCGAGAAGUACCAGAGGUAUCCGUUCAGGAUCGUCAAGCCUUCCGAGCCGCUCCCCCUCGAGGUCGACGAGCAGCAGACCACCGUUCGAUCGCCGAUCAUCGAUCAUCAAGAACAAAAUACCAAGUACGAAGAGGAGGCGAUCAAUUCCACGUCCACCGAGGAUGGAUUGGCCGGCAUUCUAAACGACACGAUAAAGAGGAACAAGUAUUACGGGGCGAACUCGUACGACGACAGGAACGGUUGGGUCACGUUGGAGGCGAUACCGUGGUCCAAGAGCAAGAUAUCCAAAUGGCAAGCGACCCCGAGCACGCAACGGCCGUGGCCCGAAGUGAAUAAACCGUGGGAUAAACCCGGCAAACCUUGGACCUCCGAUUAUUCCGUCAGACCCAUCUACGAGAACAACAAACCAUGGUACGAGAAGCCGAAGCCGAGCUGGCCGGAGAACGGUCAGAACGACAAGCCCGCGUGGCAGAAGCCCAACCGACCGAGCCCUUACUACACGGAGAAACCGGAGGAGACCCAGGCACAGAAGUGGCCACCGGAGAGGCCCUCUUGGAACAAGUACACGGACCGUCCGAGCCUCAACACCGAUAUAAUUACGGACAAUAGGCCGGCCAAUUUCCCGAGCAAUUGGAACAGGCCGCAACCGACGAAACCGAGCUACCAAUAUCUGGACAGGUAUCCGGAUAAAUAUCAGGGGGAGGAGGGGAACGAUUGGCACGAUUUUCCGACGAGGCUCGAGGAUCGUCCAACGCCGAGGCCGACCACCACCGAGAGGCCGACCGCCUUCUCCCAUUAUCAAUACGUGAACAAUCAUCCGCAGAGUUAUCCCGGGAACGGGGACGGCCAGUGGGUGCUGCUCUCUACCAACAGGGGCUAUUCCAAGUCCAGGCAGAGGUCGAUAAAGAUAGACUCGAUUGGCCAAGUGGGGAACGUUACGAGGGACGUGGGCAGAAAGGAGGAGGAAGCUGAUCCAGCGGUAGCUGUGAUGACGUCGAAGAGACAGAUUGACGGUGUUACCGUCGAUCAACGGCACGAAUACGACCACUUCUCACGGGGGCCUUCUGGAAGUAGAGAAGACGUUCAAGAGCGUGGACCAGAGCCAAAAGGAGUACGAGAUGGAAAGGCAACCGUUGUUAUCGACCAUCCUGAAAAAGAGACCCAUCAGAAACACGUUGGGAAAUAAGGCGUCCAGCUCUGCUGUUCUAGCUGCUGUCAGUGCCGGGAUACUACCGGCAACAAUGGCAAUGAUGAUACCGAUGAUUCUUGGUCGUCGAAAGAGGGAUCUAACGACUUCGGGAUUGGGCCUGUUCGAUCACGAGACUAUGAUAAAGAAACUGAUCCCGGGAAACAAAGUAUUUGACAAUUCGUAGAAACGAAGAAAUGGAGACAAGAUUUAGAAAAAAAAAAAAAAAAUAGGCACAACUUUUGAAAUAUAUAAAAAUGAAAUUAGCAAAUUAUUAAUGUUUAAGAAUAUUGAUGGUGUACAUGACAAAUCUGUAUAGUUUUAAGUCUAUCUAUUCUCUUAUUUACAUAUAUCGAUCGAUACAUACGGAUUCGUUUGGCAACGAGUUUAAUCGUUAAUCGUUUCGUCGAAAAACAAAUGUGUUCUACAGAUAGGAAAAAUAGAUUUUUAUUACAAGUUUCUUCAUAUAUUUAUACACAUGUCAGGAUAACACGUAGACAUUUAUCUUAUUUAUUAUUUAUUUAUUUAUUUAUAUAUAUUUAUAUAUAUAUAUAUGUAUGUAUUUAUACUUUACAUUUCGAUGCUCGGUCUGAAUACUCAAUAAAAGGCAUAAAUAUAUCGACAGAUACCGAUCGAAACAAAAGAAUCGUUCGAAAAAUAAA